UGCUGCUCGCAUCAUUCAGGCGGGUAGCUAUGUGAUAGAGUGGCUGCGUUCCGGUCUCCCCAGUCCGGCAUCCGCUCAGGAUGGAUCAGAGGAGAGUUGAACCGGAUCCCAACACCGGCAGCAGCCCGGUCACGCUCUAUGGGGAAUUUACGAUCAGUGGUAACCGAAAAGUCACGCGUGCCGUGAGCCUGAACGAGAGGGACCUCGUUGUCCAGAGGCUCACGUCGGCACCUAUCGGACGGAACAAGGUGGUUCUCAGCCUGAAGGACUGUGUCGGCUGCCGGGCUUACAGGGAAGAUGACAACGCGGACCCGGCAGCUUACUUGUCAGUCUACUUCUACCCGCUCAAACGGCGUUGGAUGAGUUCCGGUGUGGCGCGGCAAAGAGUGGAGCACUGCUUUCGUCUCGCCGCGCUCCAGGACGCGCGCGCUAACCUGGAGGAGGCAGAGAAGUGGGCUCGCGCUGUCCGAGAACGCUCUGGCCGGCAACAGUAUCUAAGAGACGGGAUGUUGAUGAGCGAGUUGUCUCGUCCGUCCCGGAUGCUGCUACUGGUGAAUCCACAGAGUGGGAAAGGACAGGCGCUCACCCUGUACAACAGCCACAUCCAACGGAUGCUGAGCGAGGCCGGUGUCCAACACACUCUGUUUAUCACUGAGCGGCAGAACCACGCCCGAGAGCUGGUGAGAGAGGCCGACCUGUCGCAGUGGGACGCUUUAGUCAUCAUGUCAGGAGAUGGACUUCUGUACGAGGUGAUAAAUGGUCUGUUGGAGAGACCAGACUGGGAGGAGGCCAUUCAGACCCCGCUCGGUAUCCUUCCUGGUGGAUCAGGCAACGCCUUGGCUGCGUCCAUACAUCACUACUCUGGAGCGUCUCCGGUGUCCAGUGAGGAGCUCCUGGUCAGCUGUGGUUUCCUGCUCUGUAAAGGACUGGUGUCCCGUAUGGACCUGGUCUCCAUCCAUCUCUCCUCCAGCCCUCGUCUCUUCUCCUUCUUGUCUCUGGCCUGGGGCUUCGUAGCGGACGUGGACAUAGAGAGCGAGAAGUACCGACACGUCGGAGCUGCCAGGUUCACUGUGGGCACGCUGGUGAGGCUGGCUUCUCUCCGCGUCUACAAGGGCAGGCUGGCUUACCUGCCCGCCACCAAGGACUCCCAAUUAGAGGGAGGAAUGAGAAAAAACAUGAUGCUGCACUGCAAUAAUCAGGCUUCCUCCCUGAGUCCAACCUCCCUGCUGUGCCACCAGUCCAGAGACUCUCCCUGCCAGAACACCUUCCACAACUCCUGCCACUCCAACAACUCCCUCAAAGUGAGGAGGACGGAGAGCACGUCUUCCCGAAGGGUCACCAAAGCUCCCCCUGGACCACAGGACUCCCUGCUGCCGCCCCUGGACCAGCCACUGCCCAGCGACUGGGUGGUGGUCCAGGAGGAAGACUUUGUCCUCAUGCUGGCCAUGUACCAGUCCCACCUUGCAGAGGACCUGCUGGCAGCACCGGACGCCACCUUGGACGACGGCGUCAUCCAUCUUUUCUACGUCAGAGCGGGAAUACCACGCGCCGCUCUGCUGAGGCUGUUCCUAGCUAUGGAGAAAGGUGCACAUCUGGCUACUAACUGUCAACAUCUGGUGCACACUAAGGUGCGGGCGCUCAGGCUGGAGCCGUAUUCACCCAAAGGGAUAAUAACAGUAGACGGAGAAGUGGUGGAGUAUGGGCCAGUGCAAGCAGAGGUGCACAGAGGCCUGGCGAGAUUAAUCACUGGAUGAACUGAAUAAACAAACACCACCAGCUUUCAUCUCUGCUGUUUAAGUCUGAUGGUGUUUAAUUAGCAAAUUUUAGCAUUUCAAAUCGGAGGUGGACAGGUACAGGAGCGAAGCAAUGGAUGUAAGACUCAUUCACUUUUAUCUGCAAUGUUAACCUCUCAGCGGCACACAGGAAGCCCACGAGACGUUCGAUGGGAUAUUACAACAAACAAGUGCCGUGUAUGGAGACCCAGAGUGUCCAAUAUUAGAUGAAUGAAUAAGGAUAAAUAAUCAAAUGAUUAAAAGUGACAAAAUAUAAUGCAUUUUCAAACUUAGCUUAUUAUCAUGAAAUUAUCCUGCUUCUCUUCACAAUAAGAGCAUUUACUGCAGGGAUUUUUAGGGCAGAAACCUUAUUGUUUUUGUUCUGAUUCUUUUUGUUCUUGUUUAUUUUUCUCUGCUCAAAGUGUUUGUGCAGCAAAAACCUAGAAAGGACCUAGAAACGUGACACUUCAUGGCAUGGUUCCACUACUCGGGCCCCAAAACAUGAACUUAAGGCAUUGACUUGUGCGCACAAAAUAAUAAAACCUCAUGUUUGAGAGGCUCCGUACUUUGUGAUGACAAGUAAACUAAAAUAGGAUAAAGGAAAUUACAGUACUCUUAUUUUGAAAAGGUGGGAGAAUUUCAUAAUAAUGAGCUGAGAUUUAAAAAUGUAUUGAACUAUUUCACAAUUUAAUGCCUCUCUUUAUUCAACAUUGGAACACUCUGCGGUCUCCAUAACCACAACUGAACGUACUGUAAUCAAUAAUGUCAGCCUCACUUUACAAACGCAAACAUACACAGACUCACAUUUCAUCAUCUCAUGAUGAAGUGUCCACGGAAACAAACCCACCACCAUCUUUCGCCUCCGGUAUAGAGAGAGAGUGUUUCUUCUCUGUCCUGAAUCUGACAUAUCAGCCUGAAUUACAGCAUCUUAUGCAACAGCAAAGGUUUGGAUUUAUGCCUUCACAGCUCCUCUGCAGUACGAUGGAGACAAUAAGUGUGUGUGUGUGUGUGUGUGUCUCUGUGGUGCAGUGGGGAUGUCACUGUGGACUUGUUAUUACCCCUGGUGUGAAAAGAGGUGAUCAGGCUUUGUGACUGUUUACUGAGUAUCAUGGAGGACACUGUACCUCCAGUUUAAACUCCAGCAGAAGUAAAAUGAAUCCCAAGAAAUCACAUUGCAUAAUACAUCAUUAAAUUAACUAUUUAUAUUUAUAUUUAUUUCCUCGGUUAGAUUUGUUACCUUAAAGCGUCGUUAGUAUCGUCCUGGUUUCCUGAACCAGCCAUGUUACCUUAGUUUUUCUUGAGAACAGACUCGUGUCAGUCAAACCAAUUUUUUCAUCCUCCAUUUUCUGAUAAAAAGUCAGGAAGGGAUGGAGAAGCCUCGAUGGUCCUGCAAAAGCACAGGAUCAGUGAAACAAAUGUUAACAGUGAAGCUGCAACAUAUUUAAACUUUCACUUCAUAAUUUUUAUUUUCUUACAAAUCUCUAGCGUUUUCCUCGUUCAUUCACUCCUGCUGGAGGAUUCAUUUGUAGUUCCAGUGCCACUGUCGCCAUUUUGAAUCUUGAAUAACUUCUUUUUAUUUCUCAUUUCUCUUCCACUUUAUAGACUCAGUUGUCAGUUUAAACCAAAAUGCCUCCUGGGGUCGGGGCAGAAAUCUCAGAGACAGAUGUCAAAACCUGCUCGAAUAAAACCAAGACUGUCCGUGUGAGCAGAUACUGCUGCAGGUCAAAGAAAAUCCGGGGUGAACUCACCCUUUAAUCCAGCUAUUCAUUGCACUUUGUGUAAUCACAGGGUUCAUUUAAUUGUGUGCUGGUGUUUUUUUCUGUAGCUGUGCAUCACUGGCUAAGUCAGCGACCAUGUUACAGGCACUGAAGUAGAUUCAGACACAACAAAGACGGUGCUUCUCCCAAAAAGGAAGAGCUGAACGUCACUAGCUGAUGAUAACUGUGUGAUCAGUGGCUGCUGCUCUGGUCCUGGUCGGGUGACUGAUGUGUUUUAGUGCCUUGAUGUGCUCCACGGCUGCAUCCUCCCUCCCUCCAUCCCAACAUACCUCUCUUCUUCGUCUGCUUCUCCUGCUUUGCUCCAUCCAUCCCCUGCUUUAAGUACUGCAGCGCUCUGCAGAGCAGUCCCAGGCCGGUGUGUGUGGUUCUGGCUCCAGCUGCUUUUCAGACAUGCACACACAAACACAAACACAAGAUUUAUUAAUGAUCAUCACCGAGGUGUCCUUACCAUUGAGCUUUAAGUCACAUGGAUGAAACGAUGACUAAGGUUUCUGGCCUACAUAAAGCAAAGUCAGAUUUAUAAAUGUUUUUGAUUCAAACUGAACAAAUUUAGUUUCAGGUUGAAUCAGUUCUGUUUCAUUGAAUAAAUAAAAAAAACCCAAUCUGGACAAAUUAUUAUGCCUUAAACCUUGGUCUGAGGUUUGAAGCUGGUUAAAACAGCACAUUGGUGCUGGUGUGUGU